AUGAGCAUACCUUUGGGAGUCUACUUUAUUUUGAACGUCGCUCACUGCAACAUCGCAAGCCUCUGGAGCAAUGACGACAAGGAUCCUCUUAAAUGCAGACUACCUGGUGCGAUUACGGGCACGGAACAGUGGGAGAUCAGUCCAUUACACUUCAAUCUGCCUAAUCGCAAACGCUAUACGAUCAAGAAUGUCCACCACGGCCAUUUCGCUUCAUUCGAGAACGGUCCAAUGCUCGGAGAUGCCGUGUUUGGCACUCGUACCGAGAAUUGGUGGGUAAUCACACAUAUCGACAUGGAGGGGGAAUCCUCCGUGAAGGAUGCGUACAGCAUCAAAUGCUUCAAUCGCCAGUCUGGGUUCUCAUGGACUUUGAUGGAGGAAGCAGACAACACACCGAUCGAACUGCAUCCAUUCAAUGACAGGGAUCGACGAUCGCUAUGGAGGAUCAUUCCUCACCCUCAGCUCGAGGCUGUGUCCGAGAUGCCAAGAUCAAUUCCAUUUCACGAUCAAUCAAUUUUGCAAUUAUCGAGUAUAUGGGAUAUUGAGCAGGAAACCGGUGCAGGCGCCGCUGGUGUAAUAUUCGAAUGGAUGCCCCUGCCGCAACAUAUCACGAUCGAGUUCGUCGAGCCAGUUACGCUCAAAAUGGGUGAACAGGCGAUUGCUGGUAUACAGAUGAGCCUCUACAAAACAAAUUUUGUAUGUCUAUCUGGUCUCAUGCAAUUGCGCGUGGGUCGUGUCACUUUACCUGAACUCCAAAAUCUAUUCAAAGGGUCAAGCGGGGAGACAUUCUCGCUUGAGAUCACCGGCUUCAAAUACUACACCGACGAAAGUGCCCCCGAUUCACCUGAGCGGAAGCACACCUAUCAUCUGCUAUGGCGAAAAGAUAUCGUCUUCUGUGACUACCUUAGGAACAAUUAA